AUGGAGACGGGCUGCUCCAAGAUGAGCGCCGGCGCGGUGCCCGUCCUCCCUGACGAUCCCCUGGUGGAGAUCCUCUCCCGUGUCCCUGCCAAGUCCGUCUGUCGCUUCAAGUGCAUCUCCAAGGCCUGGUGCGACCUCAUCGCUGACCUUGACAACCGUAAGAAGCUCCGCCAACCCAUGCAAGGACUGUUCGUCCAGACGUCCGAGGUCUCCGACUCCGAGGUUGACAAUGGCCAUAUCAGUUUCAGUUACAGUUUCACCGACCUCACAGUGAGAUCCGUGCCUGUGGACAUCGACACAUGCUUCUCCUUCCUGACGGAAAUGACUGGGAUCGCGGCCUUCUUGUUGCAUUCCUGCAACGGGCUUAUCCUUUUCAGGCAGCAUCAGGAGUCGUCUGAAGGCUACAUCGUGUGCAACUCGACCACAAGGCAAUGGUCAGCCGUGCCUGCUUGUGGCUCUUGUGAAGGAAUAAUCCACACCUAUUUGUCUUUCGAUCCGGCCGUAUCCUCUCACUUUCACUUGGUCCAGUUCCAGAUGCCUGAUGUGCAUUUCCCGAUGCCUUAUAUGCACGAGGAUGUAGUGUUGUUGCAUGUUUACUCGUCUGAAAUGGGACCUGGAGUCAAAACCAAAUUGAUGAACAAAAAGAGCAAGGACAAUUUUUGGGGCUCAGAUGGAAAGCACAUACUUGCUGUAGAUGUACAAGGGCAGGCAAGAAGGAUGAUCACUAUGCCAGGUAUGGCUGAUGAGAGCCAAAGGCACAGCAUUACAUGUUAUUUAGGUCAAUCCCAAGGGCACCUACAUUGCGUGACUAUAGAUUCUGCUGAUAAAAAUAACGACAAACUAUCCACAUGGGUUCUUCAGGAUUAUGAUACACAGGAAUGGGUGUUGAAGAGCACUGUGAACUCUUUGGAUGUCUUUGGAGAAACAAGAGUCACUCCAGAGUAUCAAGUGUUGACCUGUGAGCUGAUAGCAUACAACAUGGACCGUAAGGAAGUGAGUGUUAUUGCCACUUUCAAAGAUUACAAAUGCCGGGGCGAUUUUGCUUGUUAUGUUCCCUAUUUCUCAGAAUCACCGGCUCUCACAAAUAAGCACUGA